AUGCCUUUCUCCCUUCCUUAUUAUCGGGAUGCUGGUCAAUUACCAGGGCCGCUUCCCGAUCAAAAUGAGAUUGAACGGUCAACACAAACCCUCCCUAAGAGAUCAGACUACGGUGGGCGCAUGGUCGUAAUCAGAGACAAAUACGUUGUGAAAUAUGGCCCGCUUGUGACCGAAAAUGAGGGAUAUGCUCUAAUUUUUGUUGAAAAACGACUCAACAUCGCAGCACCACGACUCUACGCCAUGUACCGCGAUCGGGACAUCCUGUAUAUCGUCAUGGAAUACAUCCCCAACAUUUCUCUAGGGAUGGCGUGGUCUUCGCUCACAGAGGCAAAUAAAAAUUUGAUUGUUGGACAAUUGCGAUGCAUCUUUGAUCAGAUGAGAGCGCUGCCAUCGCCCGGGUUUUAUGGCAGCGUCAACAGAGGACCCAACGUUGCUGUUACCGGCCCUUUCCAGACGGAAGAAGAAUUUGGAAAAGCCAUCGCACUUCGCUCAAAAACUAUGUGGAGCGAAUCAAAUUGUCAUAGCUUUCUCUCCGACCAUCUUGCUCGCCACCUCCCAUUGGCACUUCGCAAUCAUCCACCUAUAUUCACCCACGGGGAUCUCUCCAGAGAGAAUGUUCUUGUACGAAAGGUCGUUAAUUCUGUCCCAAAUGAAGAAGAGUAUGAAGUAGCUGCCCUUGUCGACUGGGAAGCGGCUGGAUGGUAUCCUUCGUACUGGGAAUACUCUCAUAUAUUUCCCCUCCUGCAGUGGAUUGACGACUGGCCAGCAUAUGUUGAGAAAAUUAUCGAUCCCUUGCCGCUGGAGGGUGCCAUGAUGCGGGUUGUCUUUAAUGAUCUUGAGUUUUAG